UCCUCUUUGCUUUCGGUUAAUUUCCCUUUGCCCGAGGUCCCCUCCCCUCCUCCUCCCCCUCCUCCUCCUCCUCCUCCUCCUCCUCUGGUCGUGUCCUUUUCCCUUCUCUCUGUCUCUGAAUUCCCCCCUUUUUCCUUUCCUUUUUGGCUAUAUCUUCCUUUUCUUUCUUCUCUCCAUGAUGCAAUCCAGGCACAUACCCCACGCUUCCACCACACCAUUCUUAACUCAUUUCCGGACAUCUCUAUGAGUAAUAAAACCCAAAUUACGACCACGUCGGGGCAGCAGCUUCGGAGGCGCCCAUGGCCUGGAUUGUUGUUCCCUUGUUCUUCCAAGGCUUUGGGGACUUGCUUCGGUGACGCCAAUUGCAUGGAACAGUUGUUGGUCCACUGCGCCAACGCCAUCGAAUCCAACGACGCCACUCUCGCCCAACAAAUCCUUUGGGUUCUUAACAACAUUGCCCCUCCCGAUGGCGACUCCAACCAACGCCUCACUUCCGCCUUCCUACGCGCUCUUGUCACACGCGCUGCCAACACUGGCAACUGCAAGAUUCUCGCCUCCAUCACCACCUCUGCCUUCUCCUCCUCUCUCACCACACACACCUUCUCCCUCAUGGACCUCGCCGCCUUUGUCGACUUAACCCCCUGGCACCGCUUUGGCUUCACCGCUGCCAAUGCCGCCAUUCUCGACGCCAUCGACGGUUACUCCGCCGUCCACGUCGUUGAUUUCAGCCUGAUGCAUUGCAUGCAAAUCCCCACUCUUAUAGACGCCAUUGCUACUCGUUUCGAGGUCCCCCCUCUACUCAAACUCACAACCGUCGCUGCCGCUGCCGUUAAAGACGCGCCGCCGAUGCUGGAGCUGUCGUACGACGAAUUAGGUGCGAAAUUGGUGAACUUUGCUAGGUCUAGAAACGUGAGUAUGGAAUUCAGAGUGGUCCCCUCUUGCCAUACAGACGGUUUUGCCAAUUUAAUCGAACAAAUCCGAGUGCAACAUUUAAUUUACGGACCCGAAAAUAACGGAGCGCUGGUUUUUAAUUGCCACAUGCUGCUCCAUUACAUCCCCGAAGAAACACUAAACCCAAACCCCUCUCCCAGUUUCGACAUGUCGUCUUCAGUCCGAUCCAUGUUUCUCAAAACAAUCCGUAGCUUAGAUCCAACGAUUGUGAUUCUAGUAGAGGAAGAUGCGGACUUCACGUCCACCGAAUUAGUUAGCCGAUUGAGAUCCGCAUUCAAUUACCUGUGGAUUCCUUACGACUCCAUGGAUUCGUUUCUUCCUAGGAGCAGCAAGCAGAGGGAAUGGUACGAGGCCGACAUUUGUUGGAAGAUCGAGAAUGUAAUCGCCCACGAAGGCAUCCAGCGAGUUGAAAGAUUGGAGCCCAAGGGGCGGUGGGUUCAGCGGAUGCGCAACGCCAAAUUCCGCGGUGCUCCCUUCGGAGACGAGGCGGUUUCGGAGGUGAAGACGAUGCUGGACGAGCAUGCGGCGGGAUGGGGGUUGAAGAAGGAAGACGACCACCUGGUGCUGACAUGGAAAGGACACGACGUCGUAUUCGCCACCGCUUGGGUACCUUGCUAACCAAAUUAAUUCGUUGAAACAGAUUGACUAGACUACUCCGAUCAUCCAUUUGUUGACUGCUUUAAGAUUAGGAUUAGGGUAUUAGGGUUUAGGGUUUAGGGUUUGUAGAUCCAGGAAAAAAGGGCGACCAUAGUUGUGAAGCAGAGGAGGCAGAGGGUUUGAUGUCAUAUUGCAAUAAAGAUUUGACACUCUUUCCUCCGACAUUUGGCAGUACAGAUUAUGGACUCACCCUUUUUUUUUUCUUCA